UAAGGUUAUAAUAAAAAGUGUAGGUUUGACGUUUAAAUCAGUUUAUAUAAUUAUGAUAAGUUUAUUUUAAUUUUGUGCUUAUUGUUUAAUACAACACAAUAUGUAUAAUACGGUGUAAAUUUUAAAAUAAGCAAUGCGUUUGAAUUUCUUUACAUGAUUAGCGUGUACAAAAAAAUAGCAAUGAUGGAUUAUGAAUUUAAAAUGAAAACUCAAAAUGAACGAGUAAAAGUGGAAGAUUUAUUUGAAUAUGAAGGCUGUAAAGUUGGUCGCGGGACUUAUGGUCAUGUAUACAAAGGUAGAAGGAAAGAUGGGUCAGAUAAUAGAGAUUAUGCAUUAAAGCAAAUUGAAGGCACUGGCUUGUCGAUGUCAGCCUGUAGAGAAAUUGCUUUGCUACGUGAAUUAAAGCAUCCCAAUGUGAUAAAUCUUAUUCGAGUGUUUUUAUCACAUAAUGAUAGAAAAGUCUGGUUAUUAUUUGAUUUUGCAGAACAUGAUUUGUGGCACAUAAUCAAAUUCCAUAGGGCAGCAAAAGCAAACAAGAAACCUGUUAUGGUACCAAAGGGUAUGGUAAAAUCACUUUUAUAUCAAAUAUUAGAUGGAAUUCAUUAUCUACACUCCAAUUGGGUUUUACAUAGAGAUUUGAAACCUGCAAAUAUAUUAGUAAUGGGGGAAGGACCUGAAAGGGGUAGAGUCAAAAUUGCGGACAUGGGUUUUGCAAGACUAUUUAAUGCACCCCUGAAACCACUGGCUGAUUUAGAUCCUGUAGUGGUUACAUUUUGGUACAGGGCACCAGAACUGCUUCUUGGAGCAAGGCAUUAUACUAAAGCAAUUGAUAUUUGGGCGAUUGGUUGUAUUUUUGCUGAACUUCUAACGUCAGAACCAAUCUUCCAUUGUCGCCAAGAAGAUAUAAAAACCAGUAAUCCUUACCACCAUGACCAGUUAGAUAGAAUAUUUAAUGUUAUGGGAUUUCCACAUGAAAAAGAUUGGGAAGAUAUAAGAAAAAUGCCUGAACAUCCCACAUUACUGAAGGAUUUUAAGAAAUCAAAUUAUAUUAAUUGUUCCCUUGUGAAGUAUAUGGAUAGGCAUAAAAUCAAACCUGACAGUAAAGCAUUUCAUUUAUUGCAAAGACUACUAUUAAUGGAUCCAAAUAAACGAAUUACAUCAGAGCAAGCAAUGCAAGAUGCUUAUUUUCAAGAAGAACCACUGCCAACACAAGAUGUUUUUGCUGGAUGCCCUAUUCCUUACCCAAAAAGGGAAUUUUUGACCGACGACGAUCAGGAGGAAAAGACUGAUAAUAAACAACGACAGGCACAACAGCAACAGCCCCAACAACAGCAGCAACAACAGUCUCAGCAACAGCAACAACAACAAAAUCAACAGUCUAACAACAACGAUAACCAUGGUAAUCCCGCUAAACGACCACGUUUGGGUCCACCUCACCCUAGUCAAGUCAAUCCUCAGGUUGUUCCUAUCACGUCGCAACAACAAGAAUUCCAUCAACAACAAAUGUUGUACAAUUCCAGUAGUCAACAGCAGCAAAACUUUCAACAGAGGUAUUAAUAGAGGUUUGAAAUAAAUUAUUAUGCUUCCUACAUAAUAAGGACAAUGAUCUGUAUUUUGAAAUAGCUAACUUUAUUACAACCUGAAUUAAAAUUAGCUACAUAUUACUUUUCAAGCAGAAAAAAAGUAAUACAGUUUUUCUAAAUUAAA